AUGAACUCGACGUCCGACACGAAAAGUACCGACAGCUCAUGGCUAAAACCUGCGAUUUCGUACACCUCUCUCCGGUCCUCCACGCCGCACGACCGUGUGCUCACUUCGCUCAUAAUGCGACUAAAAGGAGAGUUGCCCAUACACUCGAAAAGAACACUUGCAAUGCUAGAAGCGGACGAUGCAUUGGGUCAGACAGUUGCAUCUAUUGUGCAGCUCGCCAAAUUCAGAUUAGACGGUGUCGCUUGGGCGUUGGCGAGCUUGUUGGAUGAGUUGAACGCGGGUACCUCCCCACCGUUGGGCUCAUCAAGUGAUCCCGAGUCUCGUUAUCCACCAUUGGUAGUUUUGCAAUCCCAACUGUUUGUGCUGAAGGUCCUAUCUGCUUCUAUCGCAUACAAAUGGCAGCAACACACCGCCGAUGGUGCACGCUCGACACGGGGAGCAAACUGGUCCACCCGGGAAGAUCGCAUGCGCCAAGCAUCCUCAUCGACAGCCAGCUCCCAGGCUGAUCUGCAUUCGGGGCGAAUGGUUCACAGUCCUCCACCCAGACUACGAAGUUUGGACGAGGAUGGUGAACGCACUCGCCAGGCGACGUCAUCUUCCGGCAACUCAUUGGCAGCCGUGCAAUCAGCAACGGCAUCCCCUAUUCAAGCUACUUAUACUUGGUCUCCCUCAGCUCUUCAGUCUCCCACAUCUGCCCUCCGAGAUAUCUCGUCAACGACUUCAACGACUCCGUACUCUCACACGUCCGAUACUCCACAACUAACGGAGCAAGUUGCCAAAUACGUUUUACUAGCCCUCCUUCCCUAUCUGCGGAAGUCAUCUCCAGGAUCUUAUUCGACUGUAUCGGCGUCUGCGAACUCCACCUUGCCCAUAGAAUACAAUCGUCCCACCAAUAUUGCACAUUUAGCCACGGCAACAUUUACUUCUAGUCGAAUGCAACAUCAGCCAUCGACACCGUCGACCGCCUCGCUUGGCUCUGCGCCAUCCACACCAGCGCCUGGAGUGGCAGAUUAUUCUCCUGCAAAUAAUUCACCAUACUCAUCAUUUCGAUACCCACCACAUCAUGCUAGUGGUGUGACUGGGCCUGCUGUCCCUUUACCUCAAAUCACUUCUCUACCGUCCCUGUCGACUCCUGUUCACGUUCUCCUUUCACCUGUUCCUCCUGUUUGGGCGACAAAUUCGAAAGGAUGCCGGCUUGUUAUAUAUGGUUAUAUAUCUCAAGUCAUCUUGCAUCUUUCUGCUUCCAACUGGAGCAUUGUGUACGAACGCAUUCAAGCCAAGAUCCGUGAUGUCGGGAGCGGAGAAGGUCGUGAGAGAGAGGGGGGCGAUAUGACAGAGAUCGAGCUCAUGUCUUUGAGCGCUCUGAACAAGAGUCGGCUGAUCCAAAUUUUGAAUGAUCUGGCGUCCUUGUUGAUCCAAAUGCGAAAAACAACUCAAUUUGUCAUGGCAACAGCCAUUCAUGCUGCUAUUAUGAAGUGGAUCAAUACUUGUCCUGCGGAGUUUGCUUCACUUAUUCGGGGCGAUUAUCGAUUGGACGGUGCCCCUGAACGCGUCUUCGACACUCUUCUCAAUGUUGAACAUCUAAAUCCGAAGGUCUUCUUGCCCGCUCUGAGCAUGCUGCUGGCUAUCAGCCCAGAUCGUCUUCGUUCCUUAACGAUUGGACAGUACAAUAAACCAAAGUCAAAGAAGAACCUAUUGGAGACAUUGUCAAAACAACUCAAUCUGCCUACGCAGCAGUCUGAAGUUGCUGUUGCUUGUUACAUCGACAUUUGCGCCGCAGCGAUACAACUACCACCCAGUGACGAUGUGACUGCUUUGCACGAGCUCGCUCCUGAGCUCGCCGACGAACUUCGUGCCCGGCUUUUCAAUCCCCCGUCUCCCACGAAGCCCUUCUGGAAUGCAUAUGAGGCCAUCGACACGCAUUUGUAUGCAGAUGCAAUCGUUGCUAUGUUCUGGUUCUCCCCGUCAUUUACAGUGGAGCAUGCUUUCCCAAAUUUAUUUGCGCCUGAGCAAGCAUAUGCCGUGAAGAUGAUCGGGAUUAGGGCACUAAUGCGGGUAGCUGUGGAGCAAUUGCGUCUGCCGUACCAGCCCGCAGUUUCUCCCCUUCAUAACCUUGCCAGCCAAUAUCUUCCAGAUAUAUAUCAUGCUCUUGCUAACCCUCCUGGUGCUGAAGACGACGCCAGUGUCUUCGUUCAUUACCACCCACGAAUGAAGUCCUCCGAUCUUGAUGAUCUCGAAGACAAGGAAGCCCUUCUUUUGGCUAUCGUCGGUCUUUGGCGAUCUGAUCUAGCCUUCCUGGGUUCAAGCGACAAUCCUAGACAGCUUAUGGAGAAUGGUACACGAGUGACACUAGAUUCGCAGGUGCUACUACGUACGACAUCGCAGCAUAUAAUGCGCGUAGUCGUGACUCGAUUCUUGAAUGAGUUGGGCGUUCACAUGAAUAUGCAUGUCGCACCUGGAGUGAAUGUUUUCCACGAUCGAGAAAAUGCCAAUAUCUCAAGCGUUAUCUGCCUCAUGUCUGACCGUCUCCUGGCCUCUCGAGACAAUUAUGACGAUCAGCGCCUCUAUCUGUCUACCAUUCACCUAGGGUUAUCGCAGUUGCCCCGUAAUUUGAAUGCUCCCGAAAUUACUCCCAGAACAUUCCUAGCUCUGAACCUCGUCGAAGUUGCCCUGCUAGCAAGUUUGGUUUCUCCGAUGAUGGAUAUAUGCACUGCUGCAUGUUCCUGUCUGAGCCUGCUGGCAGACUGCGAGGUCUUGACACGGUCGCGGAGCGAUGCGACAUUGUAUCUCAAUGAGGCGGACAUUGUAUCACGAAUAUCAGCGUACAAGCAACUGAGUGACCCUGGCGACUCCGCAAUAGGAGGGCGAGCCUAUCAACAAAGGCGGGUCAGGACAAUUUUACGUCAAAUCGCCUUUCCCUGGCCAGUCAAUAUUGCAACCUGGCAGGAGUAUCAUCGCAAAUUUAAUGCUUUCGAUCCCGGGGUUAUUCGUUCCACGGAGCUGGCUAGUAACGCGCAGUUACGCGUAAAGCCACCAAGCAGAUGGGACUCCUCAGGGGACGAGCAGUUCGAUUGGCAGAAUACCCUGCUUUUCCUGACCACAUUUGCGGGCUCUUGCAUCGCUCCUAGUAGUAUGCAGUCACUUGCAGACUUCAUCCCUCGUGAAGAGCUUCCGGAACAAUUCCUGCAGAGUAAAACCCCAGAGCAAAUGCUUUCAUCCUUUUUGGCAUCUUCAUGUGAGAUCCUGUUGAGAGGGACUCCCUUUGCCAGUAACACCGUCCGAGAUGCGUUGGGAUCAGAUCUUGAUCCACGAUGCUUUCCACAACUUUUGAUGCAUCUUGAGCGGUUGUGCAUAGCGAACUUCGAGCGCCCCGCUCCCAUCGCCGCAGACUGGGACGAAGCCAUGCUUUUCAUGAUGGUUCAAGUGUCCACAGUGUUGACCAAGAUCCUUGUUAACCCCGAUGGGAUUCAACUAUCCACAAUACGAGUCGACUUCAGCCGCAUGCUUGCCCUAUUUCACGGUUUCAUUAGCACAUACGAGGGCGAACCUGAGGAAACUCUAAGAGGGAAACUCCAGUUUGCCUCACUAGUGGAUGCCGCGUUGUCUUGUGAGGACCUCUCUGUGGCUGAGGAUUUCCAUUUGCGCCAGACUUGCUUGUACACAUUCAGCGAGUGGGUAACUGAUCUACAACCGGGGCGCGUGCCGAACAAUGUACCCAUAGGUCUUGCUAAGGACGCCGAGAACGCUAUCCUCAAAGCUAUCGUAAUUCUUACCGAUGGCCUUGUGCUAGAGUCAGAAGGGGAUGGAUCCAGGGUCCAGGAACAGUCCCGGCUAUUCUAUCAUUAUUUCAGGUUCUUCAUGGGUCUAGUCACCCGUACGCUGGCGUCCGUAGACGUCCCUAGGAAUGUGUCUUCCCUGGACGUUCGCCAGCCCGUGGAGCUUAUAGGACUGGUCGCCCCAACCGAUAUGAAGACAAUUGCAGUAGAAAGAGAUAUGAAGGCUCUGAGAGAGAAAGCGUUUUCCGGUCUCGCCAAUCUUCUUUUCGUCAAUCAUCAAGCUGGGUUCAAACAUUGCUUUGGCAUGACGUUUCAUGUAGAUUCUAGAAUUCGGGGUGCGUUUCUACAGAUCUUCAAAGAAGCCCUGGACAGAGGUACAACUUUCCAAAUGUCGGAAGAGCUCCCACCGACGAUCACAUCUAAUGUUCUGAUUGAGUUUCUCCGUGACCCAAAUCUUCUUGGGGUUCAAGCUCUUUGCGAAAUAGCAACCCCAAACGGCGCCAUCGAAGAUCUAGAAUCAGUUCUUUUACAUAUCUUCGACCAAGAAGAGAGCUUGAUAGCCCUGGCCAAAGUUCUCAUUGAGCAGGAACUACUUUCCACUCCCGAAGCUGAAGUUUUCCGAAGCAAUUCACUGCGAAACCGUUUAUUGUCUAGGAUUGCAAGAGAUCAGAGCUCACCAUAUCUUCGCCGCGUGCUCACCCCUCUCAUCAAGAGAAUCGAGGAAAUACCACCGGACUUAAGAUUUGAGAUUGAUCGUUAUAAGACGGUUGAAACAGAAGAUAUGAAUGAGAAUGCGAAAACUCUCAUGAAGAUUACAACUGUAUUCCUUGCUACCCUGGAAGCUGCCUCCUCACGAGUACCGAAUGUUAUUCGGGAAAUGUGUCAUCACAUCACAUCAAUCGCUGCAAAAAAUUCUCCAAACAAUGUUUACGCCUCAGUGGCUGGCUUCAUCUUUCUUCGCUGUAUCAACCCUGCAAUAUCGCAACCAAGCACGGUAGGGAUCGAGAUCGAUAUGACCACAAGGAAUCAGAGGGUCUUGGUCUUGAUCCCGAACAUUAUACAGCGUGUAGCCAACAACGCCCGGUUCCGGCAGGAAGGUUCUCAGAUGGAUGCCCUCAACGAUUACAUGGUUGACAUGAUCGAAUAUGUCUCGAAGUUUAUUCGCGAUGUCUCAUCAGAUCCCAGACAAAGACCUGUGAAUUGGAGCGAGAUACCUGCCCGGUAUGCCGAUGAAACGGAUAUCUUGAUCCUGCAUAGAUUCUUUCAUCGCAACUUAACAGCGAUUGGUCAGCAGCUUCUGACAAUGCACGUGCAAGCCUCUACACCUCAACAGCAGCAACUGUAUCUCACCGAAGGGAAGAGAUUAUGGAACCUGCUAGUGGAUAAGUUCUUGGAGGUGGAAAACGUACCAGAAACGCUCGCUCCCAUCUCUACUCCUUACGCUGAACAUGCUCCACUGCAAGGCUUCCUCCGUCGGUAUGCGCGAGCCAACCUCGACCAUGUGGCGCACAUAUUUGUGCACAUGCAACCUGAUACUUCAACUUUCUUGUGCCAGGUGGGUAAAAUCCAGGCGGAUGUCGUCGAGUAUGAUGCGUUGAUCAACCUCAUUCUUCGAGAACUCCUUCAGGACGACGAAGAUUUUUCUCUUGUCCUAGACAUGACCUCGUUCACUGAUUCAUCCAUCAUUCCAUCACGUUGGAUCAAGCACUUCGUUGAUCUUAUUCCGAUCGAGGUCAUACAACGAUGUCGUUCGGUAGACUUCAUCAACAUAAAUCGAGUUGCGCAAGCUUUUCUGCGGAAGAUAUAUUAUGAAUUUUCAGGGCUUGGUCUUGAUCGACUGCGAUUCACAUCAAUGUCCGUACAUGACCUACGGAGGACGUUUCCUGCCUCUUCGUUUCUUCAUGAUAUGGAACUUGAUCUCAGUUCGGCAUUGGAGUUCACCGAUGUAGACCUUUGGGUUCUUUUCCACACACGUCAUUCGUGUACCAUCAGCAUCUCGACCUCGAGGUUUUAUGUCGAGACCAUCAAAGCUCAGCCAAUAUUUCCAGGAUUUCAAGCUCGUCUGGUAGAGGUCUUACCCCUUGCAGAAAUUGAGGAUGUAGUUCAGUCUCAGGUUGUGCAAGACGAGUGGGUGUUCACAGUCGUUCGCACGAAAGGCGAAGCAUUACAAUUUUCUUCCCGAGAUGGUGACGCAAUUAUGAGGGCAAGCGCGAUUCGAAAGGCCAAGCAAGGUGUUCCGGGAUACAAAGCCAAAGAUACAGCUCCCGAUUGGCGUUCAAAUGCCGGCACAGCUGUAUUGAACGUCGCACUCGUCAAUCUUUGUCACAAAGACGAUUCUGUACGUCUGGCUGCACUUGGUCUUCUCCGCUCCACUGUGAGCCGUAUGGGAUUUAAUCUGGAUACCCUGCCCAUCAGCUAUUUCGUGCCGGCAAAUCCAUUUGCGACCGCUCUCUCGUACGCAGAUCUCGUGGUUAAAAAGUUGCCACAUAUUGCUGUCGACUUUUUGAAAGAAUUCAACAACAGUUUCGGCCGACUGAACAACGUCGAGAAAAUAUCUUGUUUGAAAUACCUGCGACCGUUCAUUAAAAACCUCGCUAUGGAGUCUGCACGCCAACAUACUUUCUCUGGCCGAGAUUCGCUGAGCAUGCGUUUACGAGAAUGCAUUGGCCAUUUCAUCGCGCUGACCGUCAACUACGAGUCCGUGUACGGAGCCAUGCAAGGGCAUAUUUGGUCCAUCAUUGCUCGAUCAGAGAGCUUGGCAAGACUUGCGGUGGACGAGGUGGUGAAAGCAGUUGUCGAUGGACUGGCUGGUACUCGGAAAAUGGAUAUCCUCGCGGACACACUUGUUCUUUUAUCCUCAACGUAUGCCCGAGGAAAGACGAUAGCAAAGUUGCAGAAGCUAUUAACCAGAGUAACAUUUCGAUCAUCAGCCCCAUUCACUGAUAAUGCACUGUGGAACGAAGUCGCUAUUCUCACUCGCCUGGUGCUUGUCCUCACCUCCGAGAGUGAGAACCCCACGCAAAUUGUGGGCUACUUCCCUGAACUUUCACACUUCAUCACUAUCCUCGCAGGGACGGGUCCUGAUAAAAUGCGUAUCUCUGUUCAUGGUAUCGCUCUGAACUUAGUUCAAGCAUUAUACAAUCUCAAGCAGGAAUUGCGCGUGGACACUUCGGGUCUGGAACCACAGCUUGACCUGUUGCGAUCAGCGGAUUGCUUGCGUGACUUUGGCCUCGUGCAGACAAAAUUUGCGGGUCUGGAAAAUGCGGAGGUCAGAGUGGGUACGGGUCAACUUCCUGUAGAUGCCAUGAGACGCAUCACUAGUCUCUUGCUGGAUGCCGCAGAGGCUGGAGCUCGAUCUCCUAGUCAGGCGAACGCAUGGCGUGCCCGAUGGACAUCGCUCGUGGUCGGUACGGCGCUUCGUUCGCCACCAUAUGUGCAGACACGUUCCUACUAUAUCCUUGGCAUCGUGCUCACCUGUGUGUCUGUGCCCGGACCAUACAUUGACAACGAUCUGGUUCAUCAGUUUUUGAACGCUCUCGAUGUUAUCAUAACCAAGCCCGUAACAGAAGGAAAGAACAAAUGCCUCGCAAGCAUCAUCGACUGCCUUUGCCGUGUUCUUCCCGCCCUUCCUGAAGAGUCAAGAUAUCCCGCAAAUCUGUUUUGGCUGGCAGUAAUGCUCAUGCAGGCCGAUGUCAAAACUCUGUAUCGUCCACUGGUAGGGCUUAUGCGUGGAAUUCUUGACAUAUUCCAGCGGCGUCGUUAUUUGGAAGCGACGCCUCUUUCCGAGCUCUUAUUAGAUGCUCGUAAAGUGUUGAACUACGAUUGGUACAAACUGGAAAGCAACAUUGGUCUCCAGUUCCAGAAUUAUUUCUCCAUUUGCCUGGCGCACUGCACCAUGUAUGCCCUCCGCAAUCCAGAUACCCAAGAAGCGGCGAGGACUUUGCUCUUCUCUCUCCUCAUGGCUACACGGAACACCGACAGAGAUCUGCAGCCCGAAUCUCAUCUCAAUCCUGAUUCCGCCGGGUACUUUUUGGCGUUGGCCACGGUUUCGACUGCUCCGCAAUCGAUGUUGCAACUUCUCCGCACCGCCCGAGUUGGUGAAGCUUGGUAUCCUCCGAGCCUAUCCGAGCCUGUCAUAGACUUCACGGCUACUCCGAUAUUGUCCUUCGGCCUGCUCGGUAUUCAAGAUCAUGAUACAGCACUGGUUACAGCCGCCUUCAUUCUGUCACUUUUAAAGGGCGCUCGGUCUGAUUCUGAAAGAGAAAUUCUCUGUCACAUGUUGGCCGAUAUAUCCCAGGAGUUCCCCAAGGUGGUUGAACAAAUCUUCGACCAAUUGGAGAAAACCACUGACGUAUUUUCAACGUCCAACAAUCGAUCCAUUCUAGAGGCACUGGGUACAAUUUAUUCUGUUGUCCUUGCUCGCCAAUCCAACCGGUCGUCUGCGAGUAUUGGCCGCACUAAUUCAGAUGGCGAUGGUCACUCACGAGCCGAAACGACUAAUUCCGCCACCUUGCAGCAGGCUCUAGAGGACUACGGUAUGACGGCACUAAUGAUGGCACCACCUGACAACAUCCUGGAAGACUGCGCCUUAAUGACACGGACUUUUACAUAAUAACACACUUCUGUUUUGUGUGCUGCACAUUCUAAUUUCGAAGCUGGAUUCGACAUUGGAAUGGCACUCCAAACAACACUCCAAACAACACUUCAAACAACAUGCCAAACAACACGCCAAACAACACUCCAAACAACACUCCAAAUGAGGUCCGAAAGGACUAUGACAAGAC